CUGCAAUUCACUGAGCUUGGCUUGAUACCGGUGAACGUGAUUGAUCUCUUCGACUCGUUGGCUCCAAUUUUGAUUAUUUAACGUAACCACCUUGCUUCAUCUCACUUGACAAGCCCUGGCGUCAAUGUUUUUCAUGGUCCGUCCUGAGUAAAUUUACUAACAAGACUCAAUUCCGGUCUGAUGGUGCACGUAAACCGGUCAACUGCUACGUACAAGUCCGGCUCAUCAUACCAUUGUACUUAUAAAAAGCAAGGUCAAUCACAGGACCUUUAAUAUUCUCAGCCGCAGUUAAUAUCACUGUGGAACCUCGGGCAUCGGUUGUCAAGCAUGUACCACAAAUCGCUCUUCCCAGACCUGCCAAAGGUCCCAGAAUCUAAUGUUCACCACCUGCUAUUCAACCGGCCUGACCAGCGGGAGUGGCCAGAUUACACGUUGUUCGUGAAUGUGGCUACUGGCCAGCGGCGUUCGUUCAGGGAGUUUGUCGAGCGUGUCCGUGAUGGCGCUACUGCACUGGGUGCUGAUGUGUCGCAAGGUGGCCUAGGUCUUCGUCCUGAGAAUGGAGAUCUUGUAGGCAUUCUGAGUGAGAACUGCCCAGACUAUGUAGCCCUGCUGCAUUCCCUACUGGUUAUCACCGUCCCGUUUGCGCUGUUCUCAUCCUAUUCAACACCGUACGAGUUCAAAUACGCCAAUUCGCUCGCAAAGGCGACUAGGAUCUUUACUAGUCCCUCGUUACUACAACUCGCUUUGACUUCGGGACUCCCAGCAGACCGGAUUUACCUCUUAGAAGGAGAGGAUAAAGGCUAUACAAGCUACGAUCAGCUGAUCUCCUCUGCUCGAAAGAGUGCUAUUCCACGUCUGCCAGUCCGUCAUGCUACCAAGGACACUCUAGCUUACUUGAUCUAUUCGAGUGGAACAAGCGGUCCUCCCAAAGCCGUCAUGACAUCUCACGGAAAUAUCACUACUGCCACCCUCUCAACAAUAGUAAACGGUAUGGAAAUGGCUAAAACUCAGGCUCCACCAGUAUGGAACACCCCUGAUGGGUUGCAAGUAACCUUCACUGUCCUUCCACUCUAUCACUCUCUCGGCCUUUACACAACUAGUUUCUUCAACUUCUUGAAUCCCUCCACGAUUGUCAUGCUCCCGAAAUGGGACAUCGAUAUAUUCUUUGACAGCGUUCCGAUAUACCAUAUCACGACCUUAUUCCUUGUUCCCUCCCUUCUACACCAACUCGUUCACCAUCCACGCUUCAAAACUGCUGAUAUGAAGUCGGUUAAGGCAAUCGCAAGCGGUGCCGCGUACCUCCCGCCCCAGCUCGCUGACCAAGUUCGCGCCCGUUUCACAGACAUACCAAGAGUUGCUGAAGGUUACGGCAUGUCCGAAUUCACAAUGGCUAUCGCCAUGAAGCCCAUCCCUGGCAUGCUCGAUGGACGCGCCAAAAACAAGCCUGGCUCUGCUGGAAUUCUCGUCCCUGGUGUCGAAGCCCGCGUUGUCCGUCCCGACGGGUCUCUCGCGGGCCCGAACGAGCCGGGCGAGCUUCUCAUCCGCGGAGGCUCUGCGGUGCUGGGAUACAAAGGAAACGAUAAGGCCACUCGGGAAACAUUUGUCGAUGGAUGGGUGCGCACGGGAGACCAGAUACGGAUCGAUGAGGACGAGGUACUUUUUUUCGAAGAUCGCACCAAGGAUACGCUCAAAAUCUCAGGGAUGCAAGUCUCUCCCGUCGAAAUCGAGAACACGAUCCUGGCGCAGCCCGACAAGCUCAUUACUGAUGUGAGCGUUGCGGGUGUUUCGGGUGGGCGUACCUCGGACGAACGGAUACCCCGUGCAUGGAUCGUGUUAUCCCCUGCGGGGGCAGCGUUGGGUAAGAAAGAGGUUGUGACACGACUCGAUGCGUGGGUGCAGGGGCGCCUGAGUCGGUAUAAGUGGUUGAGAGGAGGCAUUGGGAUUGUGGAGACGAUUCCGAAGUCGCCAACUGGAAAGGUGUUAAGACGGGUGUUAGUUGAGGGGUAUGAAAAAGAGGUCAAAGCGAAUGCGAAACUGUGAAGCGUAACAUGCAGGUUUCUCGUAUGUUUUUCUCGAUACCGUAACCCUUGACCGAUGCUUGCUAUCUAGUUACGUACUACAGUCGUGUGGCUGUCUUUGCUCGGAGAGUUAGUCAACGUCUACUCUAAGACAGUAUAGACCAGAAGACACCGGCCAUAGUUCGUAAGGGAUAGUAU